AUGGUCCUCGACAAAGACCUGGACAAAGAUAUGAAACUCAACGUCUCCGAAGACGACGCUCCUCCUUCGUAUCAGUCGGCAGUGGCCGCUGCUGGCCUGUCGAGUUCUGCCACCCCGACAAUAUCGGACGCAAAGGCGUUUCCUCCAUCACCCGGAUUGAAACCCCCCAAAUCUGGACGAGCUGCUGGGGGAUCAGCAUCUCCUAGGAAAUCUGGCUUCUUCCGUGCGGUGUCGUCGAUCUUCGACACUCCGUCAAAGCAAGUCCGCGCCACUACACAAGCGCUCGUGCGUGAUGUUGUACAGCGUGCGCCUGGGGCCCCGGCCCUAUCUCUCGAAGAGGCGGAGGGAGUUCUAGAGAGUUGCGCCGCAGCUUGUGCCGCGAAGAACUUUGACCUGGGCUCAAUCCUUCGCGAGCCAUUCAUCGAACAACACACCGCCAUCUACUGGGCGAUAUUGGCCGGCAACGAACCACUAGCGCGCAUAUUGCUCGAACGCAGCGGCCCCUUGUCAUUCGUCACCGCAGAUGAAGUGCGCUGCGCAUGCACCCUUGCCUCGGACGAUGCUCUAUGGAGGCGUCUACGAUCGUCGUAUCGCGGACUCGAACCCGAGCUCAGCCCGGAACAGGCCCUCAUCCUGAGUGGUGCUCGCGAUGAAGUGACCCUGAGCUCGUCAAGUGGAUCUUUCGUUGCCAGCAUGCGAUUGCCGCACUUUCAAAAGCGCAUGCGCGCCACUGGUCGUGUUUCUGUUGACUGCAUAGCGCAUGGGCGAUUAUUCAGGAUAUCUUUCAUCGUCAAUAAGUCCACUUUCGCGAUGGACCAUAACUUCUCAGAAGGCGCCUGGCUGCUCGGUAUCAGCCUUCAGCCUCCCAGCACACCAACUCCCGUCUACGCCCGCCUCCUUGUAGGUCCUCAGACAUCAGCAGCGACCAGAGAUAAGAGGCCUGGAGGCACCGCUUCGGUCAAGCAGAAGCCUCUGAAUCUAUCGAUCAGCACGAGCACGAGAGGCAGUGAGCAAGAGCUCGCGGUAGCGCCUCGCUGGGGUCAUGAAGUUCGCGCAGAGCUGCCAAACGGUGUACUUCAAGAUGACGGGUCCAUCUACAUAGAUGAGGAGGGAACCCUUCGAGCGGGACUUGAGACUCAGUUACAGAAGCCUGCUUCGGAAAACGACUGUAUCAUCUGUUGA